AUGGGAGACAGCUCGGCGCUGCUGCAAUUUGUAGGCAGGAUCCGGACUCUCUCUCUAUGGACUCCCGGGCAGCUCCGGUCUCCCAGGCCACCCGCUCCGCCGAGUGACCCGCCGGGCAGAGCCCCGCAGAGCCCCGGGCCCCGCCGAGGAGCCGCCGCCGCCGCCGAGCCGGGCCCCGCCGAGGAGCCGCCGCCGCCGCGCAGGAUGGUCCGCACACUGUAUGCUGUUGGUGCUGUGUUUCUUCUGAUGGGACUUCUGCUACCAACAGCAGAAGGGAGAAAGAGGAAUCGUGGAUCUCAAGGUGCUAUCCCUCCUCCUGACAAAGAUCAGCCCAAUGAUUCAGAGCAAAUGCAGACACAGCAGCAGUCAGGCUCUAGGCAUCGAGAACGAGGAAAAGGCACCUCAAUGCCUGCUGAAGAGGUGCUGGAGUCUAGUCAGGAGGCGCUGCACAUCACUGAGCGCAAAUACCUAAAGCGGGAUUGGUGUAAAACUCAACCCCUCAAACAAACUAUCCAUGAAGAAGGCUGCAACAGUCGUACCAUUAUCAACAGGUUCUGCUACGGCCAGUGUAAUUCCUUCUACAUCCCCAGGCAUGUCCGUAAAGAAGAAGGCUCCUUCCAAUCUUGUUCCUUCUGCAAGCCCAAGAAAUUCACCACCAUGACUGUUACACUCAAUUGCCCUGAGCUUCAGCCCCCGAGAAAGAAGAAAAGAAUCACCCGAGUUAAGGAAUGCCGGUGUAUAUCUAUUGACUUGGACUAAACUGAGACAAAUGUAGCGAUUGCACUCUUGACUGUAGGCAAUCAUUGCCAGCGUGAGAGUGAGUGGCAUGAACUAGUAUACCUUCGGGGCUGGACAAAACUGAAAGGAACCUAGUGAAAUACCUAAAACAAGCAAAAAAAACCCCAACCCCAAAAACAAAGAAAAAAACUGAUGUAAGGGAAGGGCACGCAUGUGUGUGUUUGUUUGUGUGUAAGGGGGAAAACGGAUGUGUACAAGCAAUAUAUGAAUGUUCACUAUG